AUGAACGAACAACCUUCAAUGAUGAAUCAACAGAUGAUGAAUCCGGCACCGCCGGCGGGGAUGAUGAGUACCAUGAGCCAACAACCGCCGCCUCAAUUGAUGAAUCCACAACAAUCGCAGCCUCAGCCGCCGCCGCCUCAGAUGCUCAUGAAUCCUCCACCGCAGAUGAUGAAUCGAGGAUAUGGAGUCUGGGGGCAUCCUCCGCCAUCGCAACCGAUGGAUCUCCAGCUGAAAUAUCAAAACCCUAACCCGAAAACUCAAGGCCCGGGAGGUUUUGGUAAGAUGCCGUCUAAGCAUCAGUUGGGCCCGAGGAACAAUUGGAAGGGCAAGAAGGUGAAUAAGGUCGACAAGAGAAAGGACUUAGGGAGGAGGGUGGAAAUCCCUAUCUCCAUGGCUGGUGGGAGCAGUGGGACUAUGGGGAUUGCCGGGAAUAAUGUUGGUGCUGGGUUUAACCUGCCAACUAUGGGAAUCCCUGGGAGUGGGGUGGGUGGUACUGGUGGUGGGUUUAACCCCCCAAGUUUAAAGGAUUUGCAGUAUCAGAAUAGAGUUAAGACCAGGAGGUAUUUUCCAAAGAAUUAUUACAAUAAUAACAACAACAAUAACAAGAAGAAUAACAUGGGAAAAUUUGCGCCCAGAAAUACUUCUUCGUUCAUAAUUCGAGCAAAGAAGAGUGGUGGGAUUGCAGACCUGGUGUCCCCUUGCCCUGUUACCCCUUCCGUUUUGCCUACACCAGUAUUUUCACCUUCCAGGGAGGUUUUGGUUGACAUGGCUAAGGAGGAGUGGGGUGUUGAUGGCUAUGGAUCUAUGAAAGGAUUGAUUAGGCUGAGGUCUUCAGGUGGUGAUGGACAUGAUGAUGACGAUGAAGACGAAGGAGGGUCCAGUGGAAGUGAUGUGGAGGAGCAUGUAGAGGUAGAGAGGAGGCUCGAUCACGAUUUGAGCCGGUUUGAGAUGGUUUAUCCAAAUUAUGGAACUGCUGGUGGGAUGGACUAUAGCAAUGUGUUGGAGAAUAGAGUGGACGAUCAGGAUAGCCAUAUUGCUCAGCUGGAAGAAGAGAACUUGAUUUUGAAGGAGAGGCUGUUCCUCAUGGAGAGGGAGUUGGGGGAUUUGAGGAGGAGGUUGCAGUCUUUGGAGAGGCAAAAUCAUGAUGGUGAUUAUGGUAAUGAGGAGGUGGUUGAAAAUGUAUCUGAGAAUGAGAGUGAAAGCCGUGGUGGUUCACAUUCAAUGGAAGAUAACAAUGAGGGAUUGGGUGAAGACAACGAUGAUACCAAUUUGGAAUUUCAAGGUAAGGAGGAUAAUUCAAACCAGGGUGCAACAGAAUUUGAGGGGAGAAAUGCUGAAUAUAGCGAUCAUAAAGAGGAGCAAUUUUCAAGCCAUGAUGUGAUAAAAUUUGAGGGGAACAAUGCCGAAUAUAGGGAUCACAAAGGGGAGCAAGAUGAAAUGAAGGAUAGUGUUUUGGAAUCAAACGAACAGAGUUCUGAAGAUGGUAAGAGAAAUGGUGAAGUACCUGUAGAUACUGUUGUAGGUGAAGUUCCUGAAGAAACUAAAGAUGAAAAUGUACAGAACAAAGAAGAUGGUAAGGAUAACAAUAACAAUGCUCAAGGUUUAGGAGAAACUGAUACAGCUGAAGACAUUUGUAUGCAUGAGGUUGCACACUGA